GUUAACCAUUUUCGAUAUAAGUUCGAAAUGUUUUUUACUUUAUUUUUUCUAGAGAAAUUUUUUUUUCUCUAAACUUAUCCAAAUAGAUUCUCAUUAUAUAACCAUAUAAUUAAUGCUAUAAAGUGAUUCAAGACCAUUCUAUAUAUAUAUUUCCUGCAGAAUAACCAGCUUCAGAGCAAGACACAACAUCGCCAACAUUCACCGUGGCCAUGGAUUCAGAUUCCCAUGCUUUGUCAGAGUCUUGGACAAUAGGGGAGAGGGUGUGUGCGGCGUUGAUGCCAUUCAUAGCGGUGGUUGAGGUUCUGAUGUUGGCUGUGACAGGAUGCUUCAGCAUUAUUCAGAACCAUAAACGUGCCUACACUGCUAAGGAUUUUGCAAGCCUCGCUCAUCAAACCAGAUUCACAGUUAAUGAAGUGGAAGCAUUGCAUGUGCUGUUUAAAAGGUUAAGUAGCACCCUAAUUGAUGAUGGCUUGAUUCACAAGGAGGAGCUUCAAUUGGCACUGUUUCAAACCCCAAAUGGAAAAAAUCUUUUCCUGGAUCGAGUUUUCGAUGUUUUCGACCGAAAAAGAAAUGGUGUAAUCGAGUUUGACGAAUUUGUCCUUGCACUCAGUGUUUUCCAUCCAUGUGCCCCAAUAGAUGAAAAAAUUGAUUUUGCAUUUAAGCUCUAUGACCUGAGGCAAACUGGGUUUAUCGAGCCAGAGGAAGUCAAGCAAAUGGUUGUAGCCAUUUUGAUGGAAUAUGACAUGAAUCUCCCUGAGGAUCUUCUUGAAGCUAUUGUUGACAAGACAAUUGUUGAUGUGGAUAAGGACAAUGAUGGUAAAAUCAGUAAAGAAGAUUGGAAAGCUUUUGUGAGUCGAAAUCCAUCCCUCUUGAUAAACAUGACACUUCCUUAUUUGAAGGAUAUCACCAGUAUGUUUCCGAGUUUUAUUUUCAAAACAGAGGCAGAACCUUGAGAUCAAAAAUUGUUGUUAUUUUGGCAUGAAGAAGAUACUUUCUGUUUGAGGUGAAUAAUUGUGAUACCUUGUUGCUAAACAUAAGUGCUUGAUGAACAAAGGAGCAAGGUAUUUUUAUGGGAAAUGAGAUCAAAGUUAGUUAGGAAAAAAAUCCAUCAAUGGAUUGGAGGUAGUUAUUUAUUAGGAAUAUAUAUGAUAGAUAAUAACUGAUUCUGUAUUAGUAAAUAUGUAUUAGAAAGCAGUAUUAGAAACUGCAUGAUCACAAGUAUGUAUAUAAAAUAACAGAUUGUGUUAGCAAAUCUGUAUUAGAAAGCAGUUUUGUAUUAGAAAAUAACUGCUAGUAGUUUAUAUUAAAAGUAUAUACCUGACAGUAGGUUGUGUUAUUGGAAAAGUGUGUGUAAUUAUUUAUAAUUUGUGAACAGAUAAUAUUUUCUAUAGAAGACUUGUAUUAUAUGUGAUUUCACUG